AUGGGAAUUUUGGAGAUGAAAGUGAAGACACAACAGCAAAUAAACACACUAAUUCAAAACAGAUUUAGUGGGAUGGCAGCUGUACAUAAUUUGGAUAGUCAUCAAGGAGGUAGAAUCCUCAUUUUGUGGAACAAAGACACAGUGGAUCUUGAAGUAAAGAGCAGCCAUGCACAGGUAAUACAUUGUUUGAUUCAAUGCAAGAUAACUGGUCAAAAACUGCAUUGUAGUAUGGUGUAUGGGCUGUACUCAGUGAGAAGUAGAAGAGAACUAUGGGAUUCAAUAGAGAAUUAUGGUGAGAAUAUGACAGAACCUUGGUUGGUGAUGGGUGAUUUCAAUUGUGUGAUGAGCCCAGAAGAGAAGACAGGAGGCAAUAUACCUACAAAUUAUGAGCUAAAAGACUUCAAUGAAACAGUAUUGGGGCUAGGAGUGGAGGACAUACCUUACACAGGCACCUUCUUCACUUGGUCAAAUUCUGCAGUUGAUAACACAAUAUGGAGCAAGCUGGACAGAGCCAUGGUAAAUAGUGCAUGGUAUGAUCAGAUGCCAGUAACAAAGGCUGAUUUUCAAGCCCCUGGCCCUAUAUCAGAUCAUUCACCAUGUAUAGUUACUAUACACAGAGAAAGUAACAAAGGACAGACUCCUUUCAGAUUUUUCAAUAUGUGGACUAAGCAUGAAGAGUUUCAGAACAUAGUGCAGGAAAAAUGGAAGUUUGAAGGGUAUGGAACUGACCAGUUCAAACUGUGUAAGAUGCUGAAAGGGUUGAAAAGACCCCUAAAGGAGCUAAAUAGGGCUGCAUUCAGUCACAUAACUGCUAGGGCUGAGAGGGCAGCAAAAGAAGUGGAAGAUCUACAGAUUCAGCUACAAGCAGAUCUGGAAAAUCAGGGGCUAAAAGAGAGCAUAAAACAGAAAAAGAAGACUGCUAAUUUCCUGAUGGAAGCUGAAAGACAAUUCCUAACUCAAAAGGCUAAAU